AUGUAUCUCCAGCCGUGCGCCCCGUCCACUGGAGGCAGCAGAAGGAGCUACAGCUCAUGCUCUGCCAUUGGUGCAGGUGGAGGAGGCAGAGUCAGGAGUAGCUACACCUCCUAUUCCUCCUCCAGGGGCUACGGGGGUGGCGGACGCUGUGCAGGGUUUGGCAGCAGGAGCUUGCAUAAUCUAGGUGGAGGUGGAAGGAUUUCUGCGGGGGGCUCUUACGGUGGAGGAUUUGGGUGUAGAAGUGGUGGCUUUGGUGGCGGAAUUGGUGUCGGGUUGGGCGGCUAUGGAGGAGGACCGUGUGGCUUUGGAGGAGGAGCGGGCGGCUAUGGAGGAGGAGUGGGCGGCUUUGGAGGAGGACCGUGUGGCUUUGGAGGAGGAGCUGGCUUUGGAGGAGGAGUGGUCGGCUUUGGACCUGGCUUUGGACCUGGCAGACCUGGGCAGCCUGGAGGCAUCCAGCCCGUUCAAAUUGAUCCAAGACUCCUGCAACCGAUCAAUAUCGAGAUUGACCCCCAUAUCCAACAAGUGAAAACUCAGGAGACGGCGCAGAUCAAGGUCCUCAAUGACAACUUUGCAACCUUAAUCAGCAAGGUCCAGUUCUUGGAACAAAAAAAUAAAGUUCUGGUCACCAAGUGGGAUCUCUUACAACAGCAAGGCGGAACAAUUAUUAGGAAGGACUUAGCGCCCUUGUUUGAGAAUUUUAUCCAAGUCUUGAGGAGGAAGCUAGAUGGACUCCAAAGUCAGAAGGGACAACUGCAGUCAGAACUGGAGAACAUGCAGCAGUAUGUUGAGGAGUACAAGCGCAAGUACGAAGAAGAAAUCAACAGGCGCACAAGUGCUGAGAAUGACUUCGUGGUGCUCAAGAAGGAUGUGGAUAAUGCCUACAUGGUUAAAGUAGAGUUGGAAACAAGGGUGCAAAGUCUGACUGAUGAAAUCAACUUCCUGAGAUUUGUAUUUGAACAGGAAAUAUCUCAGUUGCAGACGAUAAGUCGUGACUUGUCAGUGGUUGUAUCCAUGGAUAACACCAGAUCUCUAGAUCUGGACGGCAUCAUUCAGGAAGUCCGAAAUCAAUAUGAGGAGAUUGCUCAGAGAAGUAGAGCUGAGGCAGAGGCUUGGUACCAGUCUAGGUAUGAAGAGCUGCAGAGCACAGCUGGAAGACACGGGGACAACUUGCGCAGCACCAAGAUAGAGAUCCAAGAGCUAACAAGGAAUGUCCAGAGGAUACGGUCUGAAGUUGAAAGUGUGAAGAAGCAGAUCGCACAGCUACAGUCUGCCAUCGCCGAAGCAGAGGAGAAGGGCGAGUUGGCCCUCAAGGAUGCUAGGACAAAACUGGAUGAUCUUGAACAUGCCCUGCAGAAAGACAAGGGGGAUCUGGCUAACUUAUUGAAAGAGUACCAGGAUCUGCUGAAUGUCAAACUUGCCCUGGAUAUCGAGAUCGCCAUGUACAGGAAACUGCUGGAAGGAGAAGAGAGCAGGCUAGCCAGAGGCGAGUCUCAUGUGAAUCUGUCAUUGGUGGAGGCGGAGGAGGCAUCGGGGGUGGAUUUGGCAGCGGAAGCGGAGGCGUCAUCUGUGGCGGUGGAUUUGGCGGCGGAAGCGGAGGCGUCAUCUGUGGCGGUGGAUUUGGCGGCGGAAGCGGAGGCGUCGUCUGUGGCGGUGGAUUCGGUGGCGGUGGACUCGGCAGCGGAAGCGGAGGGGUCGUCUGUGGCGGUGGACUCGGCGGCGGAAGCGGAGGGGUCAUCUGUGGCGGCGGAUUCGGCGGCAGAAGCGUUGGAGGCUUCUCUUCUGGAAGUGGAAGGGUCUACGGCGGUGGCAGCAGCGGCAUCUGCUCCAGCGGCGGUUCCUCCUCGGUCGUACGGAGAUGCACCACGUCUUUCUCCUCCAAAUCCGGUUCAGGAGGGUACUGAGCACUGGAGCCAGGCCCCAGAAAGAAAAAAGCAUCUUUUUAUCUUCAAAUGGCAGCAGCACACCCCACCUAACCCAACUCUGGUAUCCAGAAAAGAAACGAACUGUAUCCCUUACAGCCCACACCCUCAAAUCCCCACCUGA